AUGACGACUUUUGCACUAUAUUCGCUUUUAUCCUCGUUUCCUUGGCAAACGAGUUAUGCAGGCUAGCCUACGAGGUAGAAACACAAACAACACUCACUUUCUCUCUCAUACUCACACUCUCUCUCUCACACUCACUCACUAACCCACACAUCAUCGACGUUUCGAAAAGGGCAGUGCAACGUGACGAGGGUGAAGACACAGACAGGCACAGGAACAGGCCAGCCAGUGUUGUAUGGUAGUGUUGUUUAGUGUUGUGCAUAAAAGUGAGUGUGAGAAGAAUUUUUUUAGUUCGUGGGUGAAGUGAGUGACGAUGACGUUGGAUCACGAGCAUGAAACGAGAGUGAGAUUAAGGAGGACCAAAAGUGCUACGAGAGCCGAAGAAAUUCAAAAGGCUGAACAGAUGGUACGAAGGUCGCAGCCUGAUAAGCCAUGCCACCGUCCAAGAGACAGUCUUUUUUCCUGGAGUUCUGGAUUUGACAACUUCACAGGAUUUGUUAAUUGGGGCUUCCUACUUCUAGGCAUCGGUGGUAUAAGACUCUUACUGGAAAAUUUCAUAAAAUAUGGAGUAAGGGUAGAUCCAAUACAAUGGUUUAUGUUUUUGAGCGGAAAGAACGAUGGAGGACAAGAGUAUCUUUCUAUUCUAUUGAUUAUAUAUUCAACAGUACCAGUAUCGCUUUGUUUUCUCAUCGAAAAGGGAUUAGCGAUGGAUAUUAUAUCACACGGUCCGGGAAUGGUGUUCCACGUCGUAAACCUAAUCGUGAUGGUACUGAUGCCAAUGGUGGUCAUCCAUGUGAAGGAUUCUGGGUUUAGCCUGAUUGGAGCCAUGUACGUAUGCAUGCUGUAUGCGAUUUUAUUCCUUAAACUGUGGUCCUACGUGCAAGUAAACUUGUGGUGCCGUCUCAGCAACAUAAUUAAAAAUACGAGCCAGGGUAAAAUGCGAAGGCAGUCACUCUCUUACAACAAUUUGCAAGUUCCUGGGCUGAAGCAGAAUGGGUACGAAUCGGAUGAGGGAAAGAACGAAACAGAGGGCAGUAUAACUCUUGUACAGUAUCCGGAUAAUUUGACUCUUCGGGACCUAUACUAUUACAUCCUGGCUCCAACCCUAUGCUACGAAUUGAAUUUUCCCAGAACUCAAAGAAUUCGUAAAAGAUUCCUAAUCAAACGGAUCCUGGAAGUCCUUGUUGGAUGUCAAGUAGUGAUGUCCCUGUUCCAGCAAUGGAUGAUUCCAUCUGUUAAGAACUCAUUGAUUCCUUUCAGCAAUAUGGACGUUGCCAAAGCCUCCGAACGUCUACUUAAAUUAGCGAUACCAAAUCAUUUAAUGUGGCUGUGCUUCUUUUAUUUGUCUUUCCAUUCCUAUCUGAAUUUAAUGGGCGAACUACUGCAUUUCGCUGACAGGAAUUUCUAUUGCGAUUGGUGGAAUGCAAAUAACAUUGAUACUUUUUGGAGGAGUUGGAAUAUGCCAGUGCACCGAUGGGCUGUCAGGCACCUCUAUAUUCCAAUUGUGGAAAUGGGCUACGGAAAAACUACUGCAAGCGUGACGGUUUUCUUCAUCAGCGCCUUCUUCCACGAGUAUCUUGUCAGCGUACCUUUAAAGACAUUUAAAAUUUGGGCCUUCAUGGGAAUGAUGGGUCAGAUACCUCUCUCUGCUUUAAGCAAAACGGUGGAGAAACAUUGGGGUGCCAGAUGGGGAAACAUUGUUGUCUGGUCGAGUCUCAUUAUCGGCCAACCACUGUGCAUUUUGAUGUAUUAUCACGAUUAUGUCGUAACUCAUUUUGGCGAAACUCUUUUGGAACACUACUCGGUGGUCUAAGGGAAAUACUCGAAAAAAUACUCCAUACCACCUUUGGUAUAUUUUACGCUCUUUUUCGCACUUGACUUUUUAUUACCAUUGCAAAGUUUUAUUCGAAGAUUCAUGACACUUAAAUCAAACUUAUCUGAUAUUGAGUGCAGUUUAAUACCACAAUUCGCGUAAAAAAGCACAUUUUUCAUUUUAUGUGAUUUCCAUUCCAAAAUAAUGUUUGACUUUUCUAUUGAAAUUAGAAUUAGAAUCGAAAGAAAUCUAGGGAAUUAUACACUCCAGGUCCCGUAGAAGCCGAUCCUCUCGCUUUUGAAUGGGCGCAGUGCGCGAGUACUCAGUCAAGUAUAUUGCGCAACAUUAUGCAUUUCAUUUGGAAACUUUUCAGGUUGCCCUCACUGUUUACCUUUCAAGGGUACCGGUUUAGUAACAAGACCAGUGCAAGGAAACCCCCGAAACUGUUAUUGUAUGGGACUUGAAGUGAAUACGCGUGUGUGUUUUUGCAUAGAAUAGACACUCGGUUUUAAAUAGAGCUUUGAAACAAUGGAAAUAAUUUGUACAAGAGGAGAUUAUCACACUGAAAAGCAAAUUAUUAGAGUUCGGAUUUUCUUUAAAUCUCAUAAAUUCCAUACUGAGAAUUAAUUUUCCCAAACAUUAUAAAUUAAUGGUCACCCAUUUUCGAUAAAAGUCACUUUUUCCAAAUUUCUAUUUAUAAAUUGAAAUGUUUAUUCAUUAAUUUUGCAAUUUUCAAUUAUUGUAAAUUAAAAAAACGUUAAAGGGUAUUCUUACCAAUUUAAUCAUUAGCAGUUAAAAAUUGUUAAUGUUGAAAAUUAGACAUAUUAUUUUC